AUGUCUUCAUCAUCGACAAGUGCCACAUUGUUAUGUUUGUUUCUGUUGUUGGGUUGCAUAGGCAUUGCUACUGUCACUGCAACCGAACCCAAAACAGAAUCGUUUGGUACUUCUUCAAUUGGAUUGUGGCCCCGAUGGUGGUGGCGUACUCACCCAAAAAUACCAUCACUACCAACUCCAUCUUCGAUUGAUAAUGCGGCUUCACCAACGCAUAUGGCUCCAUCCCCAGUUGAUGAUGUGGUUUCGCCACCACACACGACCCCGGCUCCAUCCACUUCUUGCACCAAGGUGGUCGGUUGUGCAUUAGAUUUGAUCACUUCCGUUUUCAAGCGUAGAGUUUCAUUAUCCACUCAAUGUUGCCAAGAACUUUUAACAAUUUCAGAUGAUUGCUUUUACAGAGAGUACACACACUCAAAUAGGGUACCAUUUUUCCUUGGAAAUGUGAGAAACUUUUGUAGUCAUGUUGUUGAUAAUGCGGCUCCAUCUCCAUCUCCAGUUGAUAAUGUGGGUUUACCAACUCAUGCGUCUCCAUCUCCAUCUCCAUCUCCCGUUGAUAAUGUGGCUUCACCAACUCAUGUGGCUUCACCUACUCAUGCGGUUCCAUCUCCAUCUCUAGUUGAUAAUGCAGCUUCACCAACUCAUGCGGAUAUUCCAUCCCCAUCCCCCGUUGAUGAUGUCGUUUCUCCAUCACAUAUGGCUCCCACUUGGGGGCCAGCCCCGGCUCCAACCACUUCUUGCAUCAAGGUGAACGGUUGUGCAUUCAAUUUGAUCACUUCCAUUUUCAAUCGUAGAAUUUCAUUAUCCACACGAUGUUGUCGAGUACUUUCAACAAUUUCAGAUGAUUGCUUUUACAGAGAGUUCACGCACUCCAAGAGGGUACCAUUUUUCCUACGCAAAGUGAGGAACUAUUGCAGUCAUCAUCAAGCCUGA